AUGCCACUCUAUGGCAAGUUCCUAAAGGAGCUCAUGACCAAGAAAAGGAACUGGGGAGAAAAGGAAACCGUAGUGCUCACAGAGCAAUGCAGUGCUAUUAUACAGAAAAAGUUUUCCCAAAAGAUGAAGGAUCCUAGAAGCUUUCAAAUCCUAUGCAUCAUAGGGGACAUUAGAAUUGAGAAAGCAUUGUGUGAUCUGGGUGCUAGCAUCAACCUUAUGUCCUUGGCCAUGAUGAAGACAAUAAGAAUUGAAGAGGCCAACCUUACAAGAAUGGCACUUCAACUAGCAGACAGAACAUUCAAGUUUCCCCAUGGAGUAGUGGAGGACUUGUUAUUUAAGGUGGGUGACUUCAUCUUCCUAGUAGAUUUUGUAGUGCUUGACAUGGAAGAAGAGGCCAAUAUAUCCUUCAUACUAGGGAGGCCAUUUUUGGCAACAGCUGGAGCUAUAAUUGAUGUACAAAAAGGAGAAUUAGUCCUCAGGCCUCAUGAAGAAAAGAUGGUAUUCAAUGUGUUCAUUGCUAUGAGUAACCCAAAGGAGUCCAUUGGAGAGUGUAUGAUGAUAGACACAAUAGAGACACUGUACCAGGGAGUUCUAAAAGAAGACAAACUUGAAGAUGCAAUGGAGCAAGAGCAAUAA